AGAGCCCUCUUGCUGUCUACAUGUUAUAAAAACCCUCAGAUGCUAAGAUCAAAGCACACAUAAUAGUCACACAGCUUCAUUUUGGCAGAUCACUGGGAACACUGCAAGAAGAAAGAAGGAUGAAGGUGACCAUCUUGCUGGCUAUGCUGGUGUCCGCUGUGCUCAGCAGUGACCAGUUCUCCGGACAUCAGGAGGAACCCAGUCAUGUGCUUUCGCUGGUGAAGUUUGGUGCCCUCUGCAGUGGGAACCCUACAAAUAAGAAGAGAGGCUGUGAUUCUCAGGGCUGUGGAGGUUAUGGAGCGAAACGAACACAUGGGACACACAAGGGCCUUGAUAUUGUGUGUAAUGACGGGGCUACAGUGUACGCACCAUUUGAUGUAAAGUUGAAUGGCAAAGCUGCUCCGUAUCGCAACCCUUCCACUCUCCAGAAGCUCAUCAAUGAUGGCGUUAAUCUCAGCGGUGGAGGUCUGUGCUUCAAGCUGUUCUACGUGAAGCCUGACAGUUACAGAGGCUCCUUGAAGAAGGGCCAGAGGAUCGGCACACUGCACCCCAUGCAGAAGGUCUACCGGGGUAUAACAUCGCACACCCACGUCCAGAUGUGUGACCGCUCCGACCCCACCAAGUAUUUCUGAAUGCUGGGGAAUGACUUCUAAACAUCGCCUCUGCCUCUCUUUUUCUCCUUUUAUGGUGGUCUCACACACACCCAUGGUCUCCUACAAUUAUUUCCCGCUUCGUUACAGAUGAAGCAAUCAAGAACAAAAUCAAGACGCAAUCAAAAACCUAAGCUCGUCCGACUCAUGAUAAUAAUCUAUGGUCUAUGGAUCACAAUGAUCAGCACACAUGCAGCAUCAGGCAAGACGAUAUUAGUAGAUAUCUGUCAACUGCAUUACUAAAGAUUGACACAUUGAUAGUGUAAAAGUACAUACCCACUGUUCUUCAUGUACCUCUGCCACAACAUUCUUUUCGUUGUUAAUUACAUAUCAGAUCCUGCAGGUUUUACUACUAAAUGCUAAUAAAAAUGUCAGUGUACAUUUCCUUCUCACUCAUA